AUGGAUCCAUCCCCGACAGCCUUUAUCCCGAAGCCUCUUCGUAUUAUCGUUAUAGGCGCUGGAAUAUCGGGUAUUCAGUGUUUAAAAGACGUAACUACACGGUUACAAAACGUCAGCAUCACAGCUUACGAUAAGAACAGCCAGGAAGGAGGAACCUGGGCCGAAAAUAGAUACCCUGGAUGCUCAUGUGAUAUCCCAUCCCACGCCUACCAAUACAGCUGGAACCCCAAUCCUCGGUGGAGCCGCUUGUAUGCAGAGGCAUCUGAAAUUCUGGAUUAUCUGAAAGCGACGGUGACUAAAUUCAAUCUCCGACAAUACAUUCAAUUCAAUACAACAUGCACCGGAGCAAGUUGGGAUGAGAGACACUCUGAAUGGCAUGUUACCUUGCAAAAGAGUGGGAUUCCUGAAAAAGAAAUCAGGCUCAAAUGCGAUGUUUUCAUUCUUGCCACAGGAAGGCUGAACAACUGGAAGCUACCAGACAUAGAAGGCCUUAACAAGUUUCAAGGAUCUGUAAUACACACAGCUGACUGGCAAAGCGGCUUAGACUAUCGUGGUAAGGAUAUAGCUGUGAUAGGAAAUGGAGCAAGCUCAACCCAGUGUUUAGCCAAGUUAAGCAAAGAUUCCAAAGAUACAAUCGAGGAGUUUGAAAACAACCCUAGCUCAUACCUUCGAUUCCGCCAACAGCUGGAACAAAAGCUAGCCCAUAGUUUUAAAGGUCUUUGGGCCGAGUCAAAAGCUGCGGAAGAAUUUACACAAACUGCAAAGCAGCACAUGAUCAAAAAGAUUGAGGAUCCGCAUGCUUUAGAGGCUCUCCUUCCAACUGACUACAAGGCUGGUUGUCGCCGUUUCACACCUGCCGACAUGUACAUGGAGGCUUUGAAUCAGUCGAAUGUUGAGCUCAUUUCUACCCCUAUCAAGCUAAUGGAAGGAGAUGCUAUCAUCACGAGUGACGGCAAACGGCGUACAUAUGAUAUAAUUGUCUGCGGUACAGGAUUCGAGCCGUAUACUCCAAGAUUUCCAAUUAAAGGCCGAGGAGUAGCUGAUUUGUCAGAACUAUGGUCAAUGGAUGGUGGUUAUGAGAGCUACUUGGCAGCAACAGUCGCUGGCUUCCCUAACUUCUUCGACAUCGUUUUUCCAACAAAACUAAGAAUCUGGAAUCAAGUUUUCAAUCCGCCCAUGUGUCCAGUGAACGGUUCAGCAUACCCGGGAAUCGAGCGAGCAAGCGACUACAUGAUCAGAGUAAUAGACAGGCUUCAGACAGAUUGCUUGAAAUCGGUCUGUGUUAAACAGUCAGCCCAAGACGCUUUCAACCAGUGGGCUCAAUCACGUAUGCAUGAGAUGGUCUGGACGGGGCCAUGUUCAUCCUGGUUUCCUUGGCCAGGGACAAUGCUGCACUACUACACCGCUACAAAGAUAGUAAGAUGGGAGGACUACGAUAUGGAGUUUGAGGACAAGAAGCAAAAGUUUGCAAGUUUCGGAAAUGGUAUAACUACAGAGGGUUUUAAUCCUGAAAAUAUACCUUGGAUAUAUACUACCUAG